AUCCUCCUUUGUAGAAAGAGUAACAUAGUAUAACAUAGUGCAUCUUCUUAGUUUCUUCUUCAUAAAGCAACACUUUGAAGCUUCUCCUUUGUUCCAUGAACAACACUUCCAAUUCUACUGAGGACUCUCAAGAGGACAUAACCGGAUACACGUAUUAUUCGGUUUCUUUGUCUCUUGGCUUCCUCCUCUUGAUGGCAUUCAUAGCUCUCACUGCAUACUACUGCAGCAAAAGCAGGAUUCGAGACGAGCGAACCGGACCAAGCUCCGGAAGAACCAAUAGCAGUUUCAAUUCAAACAGGACAGUGAUCAUGGACAGAGACCCAUCCUCUAUAACAAUCCAAAUUGGUGAGGAGCAACAACAAAUGCAAGAAUCAAUCCUCAAAAGUUAUCCUAUGUUGUUGUUCUCCCAAGCCAAGCUUCAUCAAAAGGCAGAUGAUCCAACAGAACUUCUUAGUUGCUCAAUAUGUUUGGCAGAUUAUGCAGACUCAGAGUGGAACUCUCCAUUACCCACCCCUAUUGCUGAAGUUGCUCCCUUGGCCGCUACAAGGACUUAUUGAGACUCUUCUAAAAGUGAGAAAGUAUACUUUAAUAGUUAGUAACACGGUU